UAUUGUUGUUAUUAAUCUUAUUAUUAUUAUUAUUAUUAUUAUUAUUAUUAUUAUUAUUAUCCUCACCCAGCUCUCUCGUUACUCACUAUCACUAAUCUCACAGUAUGUGUACCCGGAAGUUAAGCUGUACAUUCUGCUCGAGUAUUAUUUGCAGAUCGACUCCCUGCGUCCCUGUACGUAAAAACGCGUCAGCACGAGGCUACGCAGAUACCCCGCGUACUUCCGCACUAGUUUAGUGUGCAUCAAUAGUACGCACUGUCAUGUCGUCGCGUACUACCUAGUACGCUAGUAAGGCCGCUUUUCCUUUACAGCUCCGGUGGCGAAAAGAAAAGCAACAGAAACUCUCCGCUAUCAACUUGGCGCUAUGAGGGUUCUGGAAGUUGUGGAUAUGGAGUUGGACCCGGACAGAACCUGACAGCGGUGUAAACUUCUACACGGAGUUUAGGAAGAUACUGAAGUGUCAGAAUGACUCGUGUGACUUCUGAGUUGGAGUUGCAAACGCUAGCAGCGUGUAACUACUGCUACCCAGCUGAGGUCCUGGCAGAGGUCAGAGAGGUCACGUCAGCAUUUCCUGACCUGCACUUGUACGUGGAUUAUUACUAUUACCCCAACAAAGAUAGGAAGAAGCUGGUCCACUUGCGUGGCACCAUCCCCAUGCUUUACGAAGGUGCACAGUACAACAUCCCAGUGUGCAUCUGGAUCCACGAGACACACCCCCAGAACCCGCCACGCUGCCUGGUGUGCCCGUUACGCAGCAUGGUGAUCAACAGCAAGAGCAGCAGCGUGGACGCUCAGGGUCACGUCCUCCUGCACUGCCUCAGCAACUGGAAGCAGGGUUGGUCCAACCUGUCCAUCGUCCUGGAGGAGAUGGUCGCUGCGUUCCAGCGUGAGCCGCCUCUUUUCUCCAGAUCUCCAAAUCUCGCCUCUAGCGCCAAGCAGCGUUCGCUCGUGGAGCAGCGCGAUCUUCACAGACCUGAUCAGACCCCCGGGAGUGGGAACUCCGUACACAGGAAGUUCUCUCACCCUGAAAUGUCCUCAUCGGCUCUGGCCCAGUCAGCAAACAGCUCUCAGAGUGUGAAGGGGAGUCAGUCUCAGGACGGCGUAGGAGAUCUGAGCGGUGUGAAGAGGUCGUACACACAGGAGCUGCUGGAUUUCGGGAUUUCGUUCGGAACACCGAACCUCCAGAGAAACCCGACUAACCCGUUCAUCACUGCCCCAAAUAUGAACGCCUCCGAUCCAGAUGACAUCAGCAACCUGUUUAAAAGCCUUCAGCUGGAAAGAAUAAACAUGCACCAACUUUACAAAGACAAGGACAUUCCACAGGCGUGGAGGCAGAGUCAGGGGCACGAGGAGGGAUCUUGGGCCCAGCCGAGGUUACUCGAUGACGGACACAGAGUCUUAGUGAGCCACCUGCCCGUGGGCGUCUCUCCUCAGAGGAUGAAGAACAAACUGACCAUUUACUUUCAGAGGAAGCAGAACAGAGGCGGCGAGGUACUGGCUGUCACGUACCCUUCAGCUCAGCCGGACCAGGCGGUGAUCACCUUCAGGAACUACGGAGACGCAGCGCAUGUCCUGAAAGAGCCGAGCAGGAUUAUCACAGUGGACGAACAUCAAAUUCUCAUCCAGCUCCAAAACUUCAGGAGCUCACAAGUCCCCAUCCCUAAGGGCGUCCAGGGCGAGAAAGCCGAGAUGUUCAUCAUCAUCCUGAGUCAGGAGGGCUGCACUUUCACCCCCGCAGAUGUGCUGGAGGCGGUUCAGGCGUGCCGAGACAUCCCGUCUGCUCUCAAAUACCUCUCUCACGACUGCCCCAUCUGCCAGGAGCAGGUGUCCUUCAGCAAGAUGAUCACCAUGACGCACUGCUCGUGUACGUUCUGCGAAAGCUGCUUCAAGGCCUACUUCUCGUCCGUCAUCAAAGAGAAGAGCAUCGAGCACGCGGUGUGUCCGCUGUGUAACGAGCCGGACGUGCGCGCGGCAGGACACAGGGAGGAGUCCAUGGAGUACUUCAACCUUCUCGACACGCAGAUCAGGCACUAUCUGGACACGCAGACGCAUGAGCUGUUUCAGAGGAAGCUGAGGGACCGGGCUCUGCAGGAGAUGCCUAACUUCCGCUGGUGUGCUCAUUGUUCUUUCGGACUUCUUCACGAAGCGGACAGACUGAGGAUGGACUGCCCCAGCUGCCAGAAGAGCAUGUGCUUUAAGUGCAAAAGCCCUUGGGCUUCCCAGCAUGAAGGACUUUCCUGCGAGAAGUUCAAGGAGUGGCUGCAGCUCAACAGCCCCGAGUUCCAAAACUCGCGUCUGGAGCUCCUCCUCAGCCGGAACAAGAUAGAUUGCCCCAAAUGCAAGUUCCGGUUCUUUCUGUCUAAAGGCGGCUGUUUACAUUUUAAGUGCACUCAAUGCCAGCACGAGUUCUGCGGAGGCUGCAGUCGGCCGUUCAGGAUAGGCGCGGCGUGUGAUUUCUCCGCUGAAUGUGCUGCUAAGGGUUUACACGCCCAUCACCCCAGGGACUGUCUGUACCACCUCCGAGACUGGAGUGUAGCCAGACUGCGCAGUCUAUUGCUGCACCACGGCGUGUCCCAUCCGUUCGUGUCCAGACGGAAAGACGACGACGGGAAAAAGGCUUCGAAAGGUGUGUGCGGAGUAAUGGAGCACAAAGAGACCGGCAGCGCGAAAGAAGAUCCGUGCGGGCGUCCGACUUUCCACGACUAUAACGGCUACUGCACGCUUCAUUAUAAGGAGUGUCUGGUGGAGCUGAUUAACCAGAACCGCCUCGAUCCGGCGGUGCUGCUCGAGGGACCCGAACUGCUCGCCGAACUGGGCCGCUGGAAGAUCCCCGUCCCGGAGAAACAACCCCUGGAGUCAGACAAGACCUACAAGGAGCGCCUCAGACAGAUGUUGAUCCAGAGGGUGGGUUUGACCGCAAGCGUCGCUUCGAUGUCAAACCCGGCUGCUCCACCCACACCUUCGCCUUCUCCCACCUCCCCGCCGCUCGCCGCCGCUCCCUGGUACUCGGUGCUGAACCCGGGCAGAACCAAAGCUGAAGACUCGCAACUGCUGCUGCUGCUCAACGAUUGAGGAGAGUCUUUUAAAAUCGUUCUCGCACGCUGAGGAAGAUCCAAUCGAUCUCCAGCGUGUAUCCACUGUGCCCUGAGGUUUUAUCGCUACCAGAGUAGCACACCUGAUCCAUUCAGCAGGUACACUCCUGAACCAGGACGUUGCUUCAGUUGUUUUAGUUUCCAGCUUUUUAUUCUUUUUUUUUUUUUUUGGUUCUCAGUGCAGUUAUGCAGAAUGAAAUCUGUAAGUAUUUACACUCGUUGGGUUUUGGCGCUGUAUCACAGCACAAUGUUUAUCAAGCACUUUAUACUCGAGGAGGAAGAUCUCUCUCUCUCUCUCUCUCUCCAUUCGCUCAAGCUUCACGUUCGUCCGCGUUUAUCUCUCUUUCUCUAGUUUGAUGAUAACGAGAGCAUUUUGUACAGUACACACAAUUUUUUUGGGAGCUAAUGGCUGCAACCUGUUCGUGUUUUAUAAUUUGUAUUUAAUUAUUAUUAAUGUUUGAAUAAUUUAUUGCGUUUUUAAUGAUUUUGAAUUGUAGUCACAUGGUUUUUUUUUUUUAAUAACAGGAAGUAAGUCUACAAGACGAACCAAUCGCUUUCGAACGUGUUUUUUUUUUUUUUUCACUACAGGUACAAAAAAAAAAUUGACUCUGAAAAGUUAAAUGACCUUCUUUUGGUUUAUUCGAAGAAAUAGUUUUUUUUCCCCGUUUAUUUAUUUUAUUUGGAAGGAGUCUCCAGUGUCAGCGUACCUUUUCCGGUGUAAUUAGGACAGAGGAGUUUACGCUUUUUCUCGUUGCCUUGUCAACUUCAAGAGAGAGAAAAAGAAAGAGGCCGGUGAACGAGACGACGGGUUUGUGACGGACGUUCCACGACGUUGAACGCGACUAUAAACGGAGCAAAAGUACGACGCAUCAUUCCACGAUAAAAAUUGUAAUCGUUGCUCUGAAAGCAUAAAAGACUUUGUAACGUGCGGUUAUACGAAAACGAUCGACUUUAGGAAAAGGGAACAACCCGUAACCCCGCUCGAUCACGUCGAUUGUUUUCCUCUAACAGCACAGCACCGAGUUUUCUGAAAAUAUUUCGCAUGCAUUAGUGUUAGCAUACAGAGCCAAAACGAAUGCUAACAGACUGCACUGAAUUUUACCCGAGCUUACGCUCUCACGUGUGUGUUUUAUUUACAUUUUUUUAUAUAUAUAUAUAGAAGUGUGAGACUCGUCUAAACUGUGCACACCGCACUAAAACACUGACCAUGUCCCAGUGUCUCCUCGUUCUUCUUCUUCUCCUCUGUGCAUUCAUUUCAAAAGAGUUCCACGGGAGUAACCGUCACGUUUCUGAUUUAAAGAGCACAGGAAUGCAGGUUUUAUUGAUCGUGGCGUGAGCAUUAAACACAGAGGGGACGUUGUGAAUAACUGGGAUAAUAAAAUAUUUUUCUAUCA